AUGAAGAUUCUUUAUAUGGGCGUUUUCCGGAAUGACACCCAGCCAGCUCUCCAGCUAUGCGGGGAAAAGGACCUCAGCAGCUUUUCGCGCUUUACCCGUCAGAACUAUGAUGAAUUCUUGAUGCUUUUCAACAAGACAGUCGCCGAGAGGACAAAGCCAGGCCAACGACAGGACAUUGAAGAAAAGGCCUAUACCUUCCACGCUUACGGCCGGACCGAGGGUGUUGCCGGCGUUAUCGUUACCGACGGGGACUACCCUGCCCUAGUGGCGCACCAGCUUUUGGGCAAGAUCGUAGAUGAGUUCCUUGCCAAAUACCCGCGCACUGCAUUCUCCGAUCCCUCCUUGCGCGACAAUGCGUGCCCUAUGCCGCAGCUCAAAGACUACAUCGCCAAGUAUCAGGAUCCAAGCCAGGCCGACAGCAUUAUGAAGAUCCAGCAGGAGCUUGAUGAGACUAAGAUUGUUCUUCACAAGACGAUUGAGAGUGUCUUGGAGCGUGGUGAGAAGAUCGACUCAUUGGUCCAGAAGAGUGAUGGACUGUCAGCUCAGAGCAAGAUGUUCUAUACCCAGGCCAAGAAACAAAACUCUUGCUGCAUUUUGAUGUAA